GAACGAACGAAUGAAUGAAUGAGCCAACUACCCCAUCCUUCCUCGGCCCCAGCCAGUCAGCCCCUGGGUUGAGAGUCCAGGCCACCCUCGCCCCACUCCGCAGACUGAAGGAGGCAUCUAGAGACCUGCCAGGGAUUUGACUGAGCGCCUGUUGUGUGCUUGGCUCGGCGCUGGGUGUUGCUGGGUGGUCCAACUUGAGCACGACAGACUGCCUGCCCCCGCAGAGCUGGCAGUUGCCAGCAAGAUAACAUUCAAGGACUUUAAUGGCUGGUCUGAGGCAUGAACACCCAGCUGCGUAGUUGCGUCCGGUAGCACAGCGUGGACUGGGAGUGUGCAUCCACACAUGGUUUGGCCCUGCAGUGACUGGAGCAGCCUGGGCCGCCACCAUGAUGAAGCUGUUGGUGGCCAAAAUCCUGUGCAUGGUGGGGGUAUUCUUCUUCAUGCUGCUUGGCUCCCUGCUGCCUGUGAAGAUCAUUGAGACUGAUUUUGAGAAGGCCCACCGCUCAAAGAAGAUUCUCUCACUCUGCAACACCUUUGGAGGCGGAGUCUUUCUGGCCACGUGCUUCAAUGCUUUACUGCCAGCUGUGAGGGAAAAGCUGCAGAAAGUCCUGAGCCUCGGACACAUCAGCACGGACUACCCGCUGGCGGAGACCAUUAUGAUGCUGGGCUUCUUCAUGACCGUCUUCCUGGAGCAGCUUGUCCUGACCUUCCGCAAGGAGAAGCCGUCCUUCAUCGACCUAGAGACCUUCAACGCCGGCUCAGACGCUGGCAGCGACUCAGAGUACGAGAGCCCCUUCAUGGGGGGCAGCCGGGGCCAUGGGCUCUACGUGGAGCCCCACACCCACAGCCACCACGGGCUGAGCGUCCAGGAGCUGUCUCGCUCCAGUCCCUUGCGGCUGCUCAGCCUGGUCUUUGCCCUGUCAGCCCACUCCAUUUUUGAGGGCCUGGCCCUGGGCCUGCAGGAGGAGGGGGAGAAGGUGGUGAGUUUGUUCGUGGGGGUAGCCAUCCACGAGACACUGGUGGCUGUGGCCCUGGGCAUCAGCAUGGCCAGGAGUGCGAUGCCCCUGAGGGACGCAGCCAAGCUGGCCAUCACCGUGAGCGCCAUGAUCCCCCUGGGCAUCAGCAUCGGUCUGGGCAUCGAGAGUGCGCAGGGUGUGCCCAGCAGCGUGGCUUCGGUGCUGCUGCAGGGCCUGGCAGGUGGCACCUUCCUUUUCGUCACCUUCUUUGAGAUCCUGGCCAAGGAGCUGGAGGAGAAGAGCGACCGGCUGCUCAAAGUCCUCUUCCUGGUGCUGGGCUACGCCAUCCUGGCCGCCAUGGUUUUCCUCAAGUGGUGACCAGCCUGUCGCCGGUGUGGCUACCCCAGCCCGCCCGCCAGACCCCGCCGGGAAUCCAGGCCAGAUCCAGGCCACAUCCCCACCUCUGUCUCCCUCCAGGGGGAGAGCUCAGGCCCCUGGUGCUGCCAGCACACAGAGGGCCGCCUCGGGACCAGGUUGCCCCCAGAACCUACACCCCAGCCUUGGAGCACUGCUACUACUUUUAAAAAUACUUAAAAGUAUUCACCAAAGCUGUGUGGCCAUGUCAACCUUGGGCAGUGGGGGCUGGCAUCUCCCUCGAGGUAGAACUGGACAUCUAAAUGGGGCUGGGGGUCGGAGACCCUCCCCUCACACCUCACCCAUGGACAAGGACAAGGACAGGAGCGAGCCCAGCUCCGCCUGGCCACUGAACCUGCUCGGAUCCAGGUCUCUGGCCUCUGCCCCUGACUGACCACUCACAGGUGCCGCCAGCACUGAGCUGCUUCUGUUCCCCACAGAACUGCUCUGAACCCUGCCCCUGAGUCCGUGCCUCCUGGAUACCACAGGAUCCCCCUCUUUGUCCCCUGCCAUCUAUUGUGGCCCCCUGGGAGUGUGGAGGCUUCUCUCCAGGGUCUGGGUCUUCUGGGCCAGAGUGACUGUCUUGGUUCCCAAAGGAAACAGACACGUGGGCAGGGGAGACUCACGGACAGGGUCUGGAUGUGGGGAGGUUCCCUACCCUGUGUGCACCAGCAGUCUCCAGAGGAAAAUGGACUCCUGCAGGCAGUGGAGCUGGGACAGUGCAGUUCUCACCAGCAGACACAUGCAUGUGAAGCAGCCCCACUGGAUGGUGCAGGGAGUGGGGACUAACAGCCCAGUUGGGCUGGUAUAGCUCUUGGUGCCAGUAUGGAAACCACCUCUCCAGGGCUUCAGCUGUUGUCCUAGCAACCCAGCCACAUGCCUGGGGAAUGAGACCAUGAAAUCAUUCCUGGGGAUUUGCUCAGCCUUGCUGGGAGCCUUGCUGCCAGCAGAGGCGUGGUGGGGAGCAGAGUCGGCAGCACUGGACUGGGUCCCUUGCCUGCUUUGCCGCGCCUCACGCUGGCCUCAAGCCCAGCAUCCUGCCUCUGGGCCUGAGCGUCUCCCCACUUUGUCACUGGCUGCUUGGGCCUGCUUGUUACUGAUCCCCUUGCUGCUUCCUCUCUCAUCCACUUGGCUUGCACACAAGAUCCCUGGUGUGUGCCUUCUAGACUCCCAGAUUCCUCCCUGUGCCUCCCACUGCCCCCACUGACACUGGCAACACUAGGAAGAGCAACUGCAAAGGGUCCAUUUGUGCUCCCCACAAAGAUGGGCCCCUCUGGCCUGUGGCCCUGGGCUCAGUGGGACCUCCGGUUCACCACUCUGGCCACCUUGGGCAUCCCAGGACCAGCUAAUUGCGUGUCUCAGGUGGGUGCCCUGGGGACUGGCCUGCUGCCACCUGCUGGUCUCCACCAGCCCAAGAUUCUCGAAGACAACCUUUUCCACAGCUUUGGCCUCUUUCAAUGUUGAAAGUUAUGGGGAGCAGGGAUGAUGGGGAAGGCUGCUUCUGCUUCUGUGUCACUUCAUGCAACUCCUGGGUCCCUGGGAUGUAUGUCUGAGAUGUCCCCACUUCCUCUCCUUUGGGAGAUGUCCCCACUUCCUCUCCACUUCCUUCCUCCAUCCUGUUGCUGUUGGAAGUACUUGACUAUUGAACUUCUGACUUAUACCAGGGACAGACCUGGCACGGCCUGAACCUCCCCUGUACUGGGAAAGCACCCUGUGUGUAGGAGCACCCUGACCCAGUGUUUCCAACCUCCACCUGCCCCCUUCACUCCCCUGGCUAAGUGGAAAGUUUCACUAGUUUGGGUUCUACGUGGAGCAAGUGUGUGGGUCUUUGUAGAGCCCCAGAUUCCUGCUGGGGUGGGAAGGUGGAGUCAGGGCCUCCCUUCACAGGGGAUGUAUCCUGUGGAGUGGGCUGGCUGGGGAGAGGGUGGAGGCAUCUGGGCCUCCCACACAGGAAGACAGACCCUGUGCCCUGAAUUCAGCAGAGGGGCAGAAUUGUGUGCUCCAGGGGUACCCAGCUCUGGAUCCUCAUCACUGUAAGAGGCACACACAUUGGGGUCCCACCCUCCCAUCAGCCAUCAACUCCCUAAGGUAACCCUGGGGUUAGUACAAACCUGCCUGCCACUCCCUGGAUAUGUGGUGGGGGAGGACCCGCACCCCUAUUGGAACCUCCACAGCCACAUCACUCCCUUACUCUGAGCUGACUUCCCAGGCGGAGCAGAGCCUCAGGAUGUGGAGACCUUGAGUGCCCUUCUCUGCCCUCAGAUGUGGCUUUCUCCUGGGCCAUGGCCAUGCUUGGCUGCCCAGCAAGCUGCUUCCGGACCCCCCGGCAACCCUGAGAAGUUGGAGGGACUGGGCCUGCCCCCAGCCGCUCCUGGUCACGCCCUCGUCUGCUGUGAUCCAAGACUCAGCCCUGGGAUCUGCUUCGGUGUCUCUUGGCCAGUUUGGUCAGCUUUCCCCACUUGGGGCAAGGGUCAGCGUGUGUCCCUAUCAGGGUAAGAGCAUCUUGCCCUCUGACUGAGAUCUGGGGGAGCUCGGGUCCCUCCUAGGGUGGAGCGUGAUCUAGACCAGGGUCUUCAAAGGCCAGCACAAAGAUUUCAUCCCCACCUGCUCUGCCAGUCCUCUUGGAAAAGACUGAAGAUCAGUCACUGCCUGGGGCCCUGGACCAACCCCGGCCUGCAGCCAGAUGACACAAAGCCUCCAUCCAGCUCUGCAGCUUGGCAGCAUCAAGGACAGUUGCCUGCGGAAGCACAGUCCUGUUUCUGAGGGGUCUUGUUAACACAGGUUCUUAGUUCGGGUAAUUCUGCCCCUCCACUCCUGAACACAGCAAUGCCUGGGGACAUCUGACUGUCAUGACUGGGGUGUUCUGCCCGCAAGUGGGUGGGGGCUGGGGAUGCUGCACAAUUCCCAGGACACCCCCUCAGAGAGUGACCUGGCCAAUGUCGGCGGGGUGGGGGGAGGGGAGAAAGCCCACCCGAAUUCAUAGGAAGACCUGGGACCAAUGGUGGUUUGCAACCACGCCGGGUGCCUUUGAGAUCUCACGUGUGACUGUGACGGAGGAGCAGGACACAGAUGCCUGCUGGUGGGUUGUUAAACACACCUGGCAAUGACGAGGCACAGCUCCUGUUUGCUCGGACACGAGCGCUCCCAAAUAGCACAAAGUUUUCAGUUUAAAAACCAAAACCCGGAGCUCAAAGUACAAGCACCGCCUUUGUUGGAUGCACGGACUGAGUCAAGCCACGCGCGGCUGCUGGUCCCUCCUGGGCGGCUCCACUGGGACCAGGCGCCCUCCAGGUGGGUGUCACUGGGGGAUGGGGGCACCAUUCGGAGCUCUGCAGGGGAGACCUCACUCAGGACUGGCCCCAGCCGGCCCGAGCCCGGCGGUACCCCUGGCUGGGCCGCCACCCUCCAGAAGCUGCUGGUAGUCGGGGUUCAGGGCGCUGAUGACAGCCGCAUGGAGCCCGCUGGGUUCCCCUCCUAGGUCUGGAGACAAAAGGGGGGGAAGUUACGAGGCGGCACCGAGGCUUCAUGGAUUGAAUCAACUGUAAUAAUAGUGUGCUGGGGCUUCUGUUGUCUGCUGUUUGUGUUUCUGGCGAGAAGUUAUUAGUGUGGGGCGGGGAGCCGGAGCUCUAGCUCCCAGCUCAUCUGCGCCUUCUGGGGCCCUAGGAAGCAGAUGAUGGGAUGGUGGCCCUCGGCCUGCAGCGUCUCAGACUUGCCCUGGCCCCCACCUCUCGACCCUCAGCCUUGCCAGGUAGAGGGACACCCGUCCCUCCUGUCCCAGCUACACCAAUGCCUCCCUGAGCUGUCUGAGCUUUGGAGCCGAGCCAGUGACCCCCCCAUCUGACCUUCCCAGAGCCAGCCUGGGGACUGCUGCAGGGCUGGGUGUCUGUGAAGACUCGGGAGAUCUCCACUAGUCUCCUGGCGCUGAGGCCGGGUUGGACUGGCGCAGGAAGACCACCCCCACCCCUCCCCAUUCCCCACCUCUAGACGUCUGCCGCUCCUGGGCGGGACCAGCUGAGCGAGCUUCUGGCCAAGGGCCAACGUGAUGGCUAGCUGCCCAGCCUGGGGAGAAAGAACAGUGGUGCGGAAGUGGGUCCUUCAGAGCUCCCAGUUCCUUGGAGCAUGGUAGAGGGACUGGCUGGAGUAGUUCGGAUUUCAUCACAUAGGCCUAG